AUGCCCAUUUGUUACUGCAAUAUUCAUUACUAUCAAGGACAAUUUAAUCUCAAAGCAUAUGGGUCACUGACAGAAAACUUCAAAGUUUUGUUUUCAGCUGAAGGAACCACUUUAUUAUCCGCCAUCAAUAAAUGUUCAAAAUUUUGUAGCGGUGACCGACGCUGCAUUGGGAUCGAGUUAUGUACAGUUAGAGAAGACUUGUAUAGAUGCAGGGUUUGCUGUGAGUGGUUACGAUUAACAGAAACCCCAUAUUUGUAUAGUAAUUCACAGGAAUGUAAAUACAUGGAGAUGAGUGAUGAAAAAUCUUUAAAUGUUGCUGUUAACAAACCAGCGACUAUGAUUUCGGUGUUCAAACCUAAUUAUCAGUUCGCCGCUAACGCAGUUGACAACAUCACUGUAUGUCCAACAGGGCUAACUACUGCACAUACCGGCUGGGAAAUUAACCCUUGGAUGGAAAUUGAUCUGCAAGGCAUUUUUGACAUUGUGAAAGUUCUAAUUUUCAACAGGCAGGAUCAGAGUGGACAUAGACUGCACGACCUAUCGAUAAAUGUUGUUGAAAAUGGAAAAGAAAAUGGAUGCGGUUACUUUGAGGGACCUGGAGUGACCGGUGGCCGCUAUCUUGUGUUCUGUACUUCCGGUUCCAGAGGAAAUCGCGUUAGAUUCGUGAUUCAUAGUCGGCCAGGGCAAACUGAUGUCCUAACUGUCUGUGAAAUACAGAUAUUUGUAGAUCAAUGACAUUUCAUUUGUACUGCUUGUACAGAAAAAAUACUGAAUGUUAAAGGAUUUCAGUCAUAAUAACCAUGGGAUAAUAAAACAUAUAAGUU